AUGUACUUCUGGUUGUCCGUGUUCGCUCUCUCAACAUUACUGGUGAUGUUGACGUUCCGGUACCGAGCUGCGCUUAUCAACCCCAUGCGCUCGCUUUUCCCUCGUCUUGGGCACUACCAGCCCUUGACGACGUUCGCGGAGCAGGCCGACGCCGGCCUCUCUUCCUCGACUUUCGACAUCGAAGCGAACAUCCGGGAUGGCGACUCAAGGGCUGGUCUUGACGAGCGUGGCACUCAGGAGGUGCUGGACAUCAUGCGCCGGGAGCGGGUAAACUUCGACCAGGCUCGGUUGAUUCGUCAGAACCAGAUUCUGGCCGCUAACGGCAUCGACCCCUCUGGAAUGCCCAUGGAUGCGAAGGCUAUCACUCGCCUAUGA